AUGAAGAUGCACGGCGAGAGAAACGUCUUUGGGCUCUUGUGUCACAGGGCAGGAGGGAGAGUCCCACGCCAUGUCGACAGGGCAUGGGACAGCGUGCCUAAAGGUGGCGCAAAUCAUGUCGAUUCAAAGUCGACAUCUUGCAAGUCGGCGCGGGAUCAAGUGCCCAGAAGCAGCAGUCCAGUCUCUGUUUAUGUGGAGCUGCCCAGCAGCAUCCAACAAGCUUUUCCAACGAUCGCAUGGGAUGAUUUGGAAGACCGCGCCAGGGAAAACCAGAGCGAUUCACUCGGCUCGCAGGUCAAUGGAUCUGAUGCGGAUGAGCAAAACUUUGCUCUGGAUUUUACAGCAGAUUCUCCAGCCGCUCUGGAGAGCAGCCUGUCCCCUGCUGAGCUGGUCCCCUUUCAGGGAUGCGUCAUCCCCCCCCUCACCCCUCAGCAUGUCUCCUCUCCGGAAAACCACGACGUCGUCCUGCUUCCCGAUUCUUCCUGCGCACAUGACCAGGAUGGGGAACUUUGGACAGGCUUCAGCUCAUGUCAAGCCAGGAUGGGACAUGCCGUGGAGGCCAAUCCCCAGGUGCAUGAGACUUUGCAGCACAGAAGUGAGCCAUCUGAGGAGGGAAGCCUUCACCUGAGGCAGCUCGCGUGCCGAGCAAAGCUCCUGGCAUCCGUGCUGGAGAAGUUAAUGGCAGACAGAAAGGUAGAUAACAGCCAAGCGGCGAGGCCUGAUGGCGCUAAAUCCAGCAGUCCCUGCAAGAGGCGGCGACUGGACGACGGCCGCCAGUCACCCGACUCGGUGGAGGAGAUCUUGAGAGACGUGGGCACGCGCUGCCACGCCGUGCUGCGCGCCGAAGCCGGCGCGCCGCCACGGGACACGGACGCUAUCCCCGCGUACGGGUCAUUCUCGGGCCUGCAGACCUCCAUAUGCAAAGACAGUAGCAGCAGCAGCAGCAGCAGCAGCAGCAGCAGCAAGAGCGAAGCGGACACGUGGUCUUUUCGCACCACUGUCAAAGAGCACGGCACCAUAAGGACACGCGUGUUCCCUCACGGCCGAGCCUUCACCUCGGGCACCCGACACGGAGGAUACCGCUUCCGCUGGGUUCCCAACAACAACUAA